UUCCUCCCUUUUUUAUUAUUAUCAUUAUUAUGAGUAUUUGUUUAUUGGAUUAUUGUAUUCAUUGAUUUGUGUAUCUAAUCAAACCUUGUUUUUAUAUGUACAAUAUAAUACCCACAAUAAAUAUUGAAUGAUUAUUAUCUCUAAUAACAAAUCUUUGCAUGCACCUUUUCUUGAUUUGUUUGACCCUUGAACUAUAUGGGGUUUUCACAAACUCUUUCUUUUUUUUUUUUUGAUUCAACUAACUUUAGGUAACCAAGAAGAAGUUGGGUUGCUUUGAAUUUGGAAAAAAGUUUCAUGUAUGGUCUGCUUGUGCUUGUAAGUCCCUUUUUUUUCAAUAAAGAUUGAAUCUUUAUAUGUUGUGUCUCUGUCUUGUUAAGCAGUGACCACUAGAUUUGUUGUUUCCUAUAUAUUAUAAGUUGAUGAAAAGUGAUUCUCUGUUUAGGGGGUUUGUUGGUAAUGUGUUGUUGAAUGGAUAGAAUUGGAAUAGAAGAGUACAAGAUGCUGAAUAGGGUUAUAUGGAUAGUGAUUCCACAAGUUUAGACUUUGGAUCCAUAUUCUCUUCUGUCAUAGAUUUAUUCUGUUUUUUUGUUUUUGUCAAACCUUUUGUUGGCUUAAAACUUAAGUAAAUUUUAGGGAUUUGAAUAAUUUUGGUUGGUUAGAAGAAGGGUACUGAUGGAAGAGAUGUUUCCAACACUUGCUGUAUCAUAUAAACAGGGAAAAUUGAUAUAUGAUGAAUCAGUAUUACCUACAUGUAUUGACUUUGCUGGAUAUGAGCUGAUCCCCAAUACGACUAGCUUGCUGUCAGAACCUAACAAGUGCAAACUUCCUUGUUCGGUGUCGAAUCAUAGAGUGUCCAGGGACAAAGCUAACCUCUUUAUGACAGUUGCUGAUUGUCAUGAAAUCAGGAAAGGGAAGAGUUUUUCUUCGACAGUUGUAGCUAAUGGGAAUUGUUUGAUUGCUAGUGAGGUAGAAGAUGGUAGAUCUAUGGACAACAAUUUGAUUUCACCUACUGAUGAGCUUUUCGGAAAUAUGACUUGUUCUGAUUCUCUAGUUGAUGAGCGUGUCAGCAUGCCUAACCAAGAAUGUACAGAUUUGGAGGUUAAGGUUGGGAAAAUGCCUCCUCGAGAUGAGGAAAAGAAGGUUGGUGUAUCCCAGAUUCUGAGAAAGUCUUUUUCGUGUAGUUUGGCUAAUGAGUUGGUUAAUGAGUCACAACUUGUAAGUGAUAUUGUUUCCACCAUGGUUGUGGGUGCUGAAGAUUAUAAAAGAAAAUUAUCACCAUCCCAUCUUGAGACCUCACAAGAGAUAAAGAUAAGCAGGCCAAAUACCCUUUGUUUUGAUUCUGUACCGCUUUGGGGGCUCAUCACGAUACAAGGAAAGAGGCCGGAGAUGGAAGAUACUGCUAUAGCUUUACCAAGGUUUCUGAGAAUCCCUUCCCAUAUUUUGACUGAUGCGCCAGUUUCUCAUGCCCUGAGUCAAACACUUACAGCCCAUUUAUAUGGGGUUUAUGAUGGACAUGGAGGCUCUCAGCAGGUAGCUAAUUAUUGUCAUGAGCGUCUCCAUAUGGUUUUAGCACAGGAGAUAGAUAUCAUGAAAGAGGAUCCACAUAAUGGAAGUGUUAACUGGAAGGAGCAAUGGUCAAAGGCUUUCUUGAAUUGUUUCUGUAGAGUCGAUGAUGAGGUAGGAGGGUUCUGUAGUGAAACAGACGGGAUUGAGCCUGACCUUUCAGUCAUUGCUCCUGAAGCAGUUGGAUCUACAGCUAUAGUUGCUGUUGUUAGUCCAACCCAUAUUAUUGUUGCGAAUUGUGGUGAUUCAAGGGCAGUCCUUUGUCGGGGAAAACUGCCCAUGCCAUUAUCCAUUGACCAUAAGCCAAAUAGGGAAGAUGAGUGUUCACGAAUAGAAGAACUGGGAGGGAAGGUCAUUAAUUGGGAUGGACAUCGCGUUUCUGGUGUUCUUGCAGUUUCAAGGUCAAUUGGAAUCUCAAAGCUACGAUGGAGCAGACCUGCACAUGUACCAAACUUAAAGUGUUAUUCCAUACAAUAUAUAGUGUCAAAGGUCAACCCUGAAGCAGCCCACUGAUGUUGGAUAACGACGUCUAACUUCAGUUGACAUGGUGAUAGAUAUUUAAGGCCUUAUGUGAUUCCAGAUCCAGAAAUGAUGUUUGUACCCCGAGCAAAAGAAGACGACUGUCUAAUUUUAGCAAGUGAUGGGCUAUGGGAUGUCUUGACAAAUGAAGAAGCUUGUGAUGUAGCCCGGAGACGAAUUCUUCUCUGGCACAAAAAGAAUGGUGGUACUUUGAGUAGGGAAAGGGGUGAAAACGUAGAUCCUGCUGCUCAAGAUGCUGCAGAGUACUUGACUCGAGUUGCUCUCCAAAGGGGCAGCAGAGAUAAUAUAUCUGUGAUUGUGGUCGAUUUGAAGGCACAGAGGAAAUUCAAGAAGAAAACAUAACGCACUAAACCAUCCUCGUAUUUCAUUUGUGGAUGUAACAUUGGAAAGUUAUCGUACAGGAUGAUAAUCAAAUAGUACUCAUUGCAGAUUUUAGCUUCCUUUAUAAUUAGGCUGUUACCGUACAUGACGGAAGUUAUUCUGACAAUAAAAAUUCAGCAGAGUUGGUUCAAAGAACAAAGUAUUGACUCCCAGCACAGAUUAUUUAUGUUACUGUAGUUUAAUGUUGUCUUCCCAGAACUCUCUCACUGAACACACAACUACACAAGUAGAAACAAGUUAUGUGAGUGAGCUUGCUGUUUUUGUAUCUAUCCUUUUCUUGAGGUCUAAUUUUCUGUUGCCAUUU